GCGGGUGGUUAGUCGUGUGCCGUCUCCGCUGUUAAGAGGACCGUUGCGUUAAGUUAGUUUUUUUUUUUCAUUUUACAGUGAAUAUCCAAGCAUGUCAGCAGACAUGGACAUGCCGCGGGGGCAAAUGCGGCAAAACAGUGUUGUUCAACCACUUCUUACAGACUUGUACCAAAUCACAAUGGCCUUUGCUUACUGGAAAAGUGGAAAGGUGCUGGAUCGUGCAGUAUUUGAUUUGUAUUUUCGAAAGAAUCCAUUCCAAGGAGAGUUUACGAUUUUUGCUGGUCUUGGAGAGUGCCUCAAGUUUCUUGAGAAUUUUUAUUAUUCAGAUAGUGAUAUUGAGUACCUGAAGUCAACUCUACCAGCUUCUGUUGAACCCGAAUUUUACGAAUACCUAAGGAAUCUUACCGCACAAGAUGUAACCUUAUACGCUAUCGAAGAGGGAUCAGUUGUAUUUCCAAGAGUACCAUUGAUCAGAGUACAAGGUCCUUUGAUAAUGGUACAGCUUUUAGAAACAACCUUGUUAACAUUGGUGAAUUAUGCAAGUUUAAUGGCAACAAAUGCUGCCAGAUAUCGAAUGGUUGCGGGAAAAAAUGUAUCCUUGUUGGAAUUUGGCCUCAGAAGAGCACAAGGGCCUGACGGUGGACUGAGUGCCUCGAAAUACAGCUACAUUGGUGGUUUCGAUGGGACAAGUAAUGUCUUGGCAGGAAAAUUAUUUGGGAUACCAGUGAAAGGAACCCAUGCACAUGCAUAUAUUACUUCCUUCACUGGCGUCGAGGACUUACAGAAUAAAACAUUGGUUCACAAAGAGACAGGUAUAACUUGUGAUCUCUUGGCUCUUGCUUACACUUAUCGUGAUUCUAUCGCCUCUGAAUUGGGAGCUUUAGUGUCUGAAGCAUCGGAUGGAGAACUAGCGGCCUUGAUAAGCUUUGCAAUUGCUUUGCCAGAAGGAUUCAUGGCCCUAGUAGACACGUACGAUGUUAAGAGCAUAGAAGCAUCGGCCAAGCGACAGGCGCACAUAGGCAGUCUAAAUGUAAAGCCUAAACUUCUAACUAACGGACUUGCUUAUGGGGCAAGUAAGUCAGUGCUUAAUGGUGGAAAAAAUGGCCUGCUAAUAUCAAAUUCUACGAUGUAUUGCAACAAUGGCUGUUUAAAAAGAGGUGAAUUGGGUGAGCUCUAUGUGAGGAGCGGGCUGUUGAAUUUCUGCGCUGUGGCAUUGGCAUUGUCUGACCUGGGUUACCAAGCAAUCGGUAUUCGCAUCGAUAGUGGAGAUUUAGCCUACUUGAGUAUGACUGCACGAGAAGUAUUUGAAAAAAUUGCAGUCAAAUAUAAUUUACCAUGGUUUGCUAAGCUGACGAUAGUUGCUUCCAAUGAUAUUAAUGAAGAGACUAUAUUAAGCUUGAACGAACAGGGGCACAAGAUUGACUGUUUUGGAAUUGGAACACAUUUGGUAACAUGUCAAAAGCAACCUGCAUUGGGAUGUGUUUAUAAAAUGGUGGAAAUAAAUGACCAGCCAAGAAUAAAACUUAGUCAGGAUGUCGGCAAAGUAACAAUGCCUGGUAAAAAGAAUGCUUAUAGAUUAUAUGGCGCUGAUGGACAUGCAUUAAUUGAUUUGUUACAAAGAUCCAUAGAGGAUCCGCCGCAAGUGGGGAAUAAAGUUCUGUGCAGACACCCAUUCCAAGAAUCGAAACGGGCGUAUGUUAUUCCAACACGCGUAGAGUCACUGUACAAGGUAUACUGGGAGAAUGGUAAGAUAUGCACUCCGUUACCGACGCUAGAAGAAACUAAAAAUAGAGUACAAGUUUCCCUUCGAACAUUACGUAACGACCACAAACGAAAUCUGAAUCCAACACCUUAUAAGGUUGCAGUCAGUGAUGAUUUGUACAACUUUAUCCAUGAUUUGUGGCUACAGAAUGCACCGAUUGGUGAACUUUCAUAGGGUAAUAAAAAGCUGAUAAGCACAAAAUGACUACGGAUUAACAAUUCAAAUUUUUAUGCUGAUGUCAUACCUCUACAUACUAUCAGUAUAAUAUAGCUGUAGAGCGUCCAUUCUUCAGGAUAUAUUGACAAGCCGACUGUGAGAAGGCUAUCCAAUUAUAUCAAGUGCAACAGGCCUUGGGAAUGCUCUAAGAUUCCUAGGUUUCCUAAAAUUUUACAUUUUAUCCCAAAAAUAUUCCAUCACCUUGUAAAAUCAGGAAAAUUCCUCUAACCCUAACGCUAUUGACUUGAUUAUGUCAUCAUACGUGGUUAGAAGCAAGGUCUCGCAUUCGGAAGCCAAGAUAUUUGAUGGAAUCAAAUGAUUUUGGACCUAGAAGAUUCUUAGCGGAUCAUCGUUUGAUUUCGAAAUCUAGUUUCAUUUAAAACAUUAGUUAUAUUGCUCUUCCAAAUUUUUUCAUGGUAAAUUAUUGGAAAUAAUAAUACUAACGAUAAUGAAGAACUUUGAAAAUACUGAAAAUCAAUAUUGAGAAGAUAUAUAACAAAUCCUCGAUUAUGUUUCAAGAAAAUUGCAAAAAGUCGUUAAAAAAUUAUCAAUUUUAUUUUCAAACUGAGAUAUUUGCCAUUUCAUAACGAAAAUGGAUAAUAAAAUUGGAGAAAAUUCAUUGAAACUCAGAAUAUUGCAGCGAAUGACUUUCUUAACCAAAUCUGGGUAGUAUUUCAAAAAAAUUCUUUAUAUAAUGCAAGUAUGGUUUACGCGUUUUUUGCCUACUUAAUUCCGUACAUAAAGUAAUCGCUUCUGUAACAGUACAAAACAAAAAGCAUUAAAGUACAAAAACAAAAAUAGUAAACCAUACUUUUAUUAAAGUAGCGUAUGCACCGUGUAGGCAGUUUUUUUUUGCAUCACAUUUUUGCAAUAUCCGUUUUUGGCUCGCGCAUGCGCUUGCCUAGGACUCUUAUUGCAAACUUACACUCGACAUAAAAAGAUCUACUAUGUAUCCUCGAUGCACAAUCUACUGUUCUGUGUCUACUUAUACCUAUAUGUAUAGUACGUUGUAGGCAGAAUUCAAACGGUCCUCAAAAAAAUCUAAAAAUUUUAUUAUACAUAUCUUAAAAUUUGAAGAAACAAGUUCAGUUUAUUACAAGACAUGGAAGUAUUAUUGAUAACCAAUUUUUGUUAAUGAGGUAGAAAUAAGCAGACGACGGAAAAAGUGGGCGAAUUUUGGAAAUUUAUAUCUCAGCAAACAAUUAAGAAUUUUUUAUUAAAAAGUGUACAGAUCAAGUUUCAUUUAGAUAUUUUUUUUAUCAGAAUUUAUAGCAGCGGUUCUUGUUAAGAAUAAUGUCUACUAUUUCACUCAUUGACAUAUUUUACGGUGCCCAUGAUAUCUCAAAAUGGGUCAACGAAUUUACUUCAAAUUCGGAGAUGUUAUUCUUGGAUAGAUUAUCUUCUUUGCCACACUCCCAAUUUUUAAAGAAUUAUAUUUUUUUUUAUUAUUGAAAUAAAAAAAGUCGCAAAUUUCAGACUAAGAAUAUAAUUUUAUCUAUAAAUCGUCGCCGUUGUGUUGAAAAGUAAAAAAUCAAAUCCAGGCAAAAUAAAUUAUCUAAGAAUACUGUCUCCAAAUUCAAAGUAAAUCAGUUCGAGUUGUUUUUGAGAUAUCCCAGGCGCUGCAAAACAUAUCAUCGAGCAAAUGCUCUCUAUUCAUGGAAUCUUAUAAAAAAUGUGUCAACAAAGCUCAAUCUUCAUACUUUUGAAUGAAAAAAAACUCUAUUCAAAUUUAAUAAUCUGUUGUCAAGAUAUGAAGUUCGAAAAUUCAUUCGUUUUUUCUGUACCCCAUUAAUGUGACAAAAGAAGGAUGUACUUUUGGCGGUAAUAACUGUAAUUCAAAAGAGAAAACAAAUAUUGUAGAGCUUAGUAAAAUUAUUAUGCAUUGUGCGUGGAAUAUUCAAUGAAGAAAGCCACAUAUAUUCACACAGUUAGAGUCAACUGAUGGUUAUCGGUUCGAGGCAACGAAUUUACUUUCAAUUGCCUGCUUUCUAAAUAUAUUGUGUAUGUAUACGUGAUGUACAUAACAAGGUUAACGAGUAAGUCUCAAACAACGAGAACAUUACCCAGAGUAAUACAGAGCAUAAUAAAAUGAAAAGUUUUAUUCAUUACACUUUGUAAACUGUUCAAAAUGAAAGUUCACAUACAUUGAUAAUAAUUCAUAUAUAUAUGGAACAACAGUAUGAAUUCUGUAAUAUACAUUUAAAUAUUUUACAGAUUUUAAAUUAAUGAUUAUGUUGUUUCAAUGUCUGAAAGGAUUGUAAUAUUCCAAAGUUUAUAUAGCUUUAUAUACCAUAUACCUAGGUUGGUUAGUUUUGUAAUCAAACAUAUAUUUUUUUCAAACAUCAUAAUCUAGCAACGUUAUGUCAAUAUGUGAUAUAAUUAUGUGCGGUAGCACAAGUAUGCAUAGCGAUAUACCGUAUUGGUCCGAAUUUAAGCCGAAGUUUUCUGUCUUCAACAGCACCCGCCAGAAUCGCCCUCGUUUUAUACGCAGAAUUAGCGGUCGUCUUAAAAACCGGGUCGGCUUAAACUCGAAACAAUACAGUAAUUUAGAUAGUUUUAAGGAAUAGUGCUAAAAUUUCGAAUCAAUGUACAAUUAAAAACUACUUGGCUUGCUAUUAAGUUAGCUUGAUUUCCCAUUACGAAGCCAAGCACAGAUUACUUUUUAGGGAAUGGCAGAUUUAUAUUUAGAGUAUUUUACAUAAUAAUUACGCUGUUAGAAUGGGCUUAUUUUUCAAAUGUUUUUUUUUAACUUCGCAUUGUGAAAGGUUGUUUACGGUUUUAGCUUAGUCAACAAAUAAGUGUACAUUGCAUCUCGUUUUGAAAUCUAAUAUUGUAUUAGGAGGUAACUAUGCUGAAUAUACUAACCAUCCACGUAGCAAAUUUAUAAUGCUGGAAUUUAAAGCUCAAUCAUCUGCACGGAUUCUAUUUUGUAAUAUUCAUUUAGAAAUAAUAAAUAUCAACGAAAGCCUCGCAGUAUCUAUCGUUCUCUAUGGAGAAAUCGAAGAAUUUUUUUGCGAAUAACCGCAUUCGCAUUAUUAUAACGGACUAUGGAUAAAAAUUGUAGCUGAACAGUGCCUGAUAUAUCCUUUUAUUUUUUACUAUCAUAUCAAAACUGUGGUCACAAAUUAAAUUUAAUCGCACAAUAUAUUAUUGAACUCUUGUACACUUACGAUAACAAUUGAUGUGCUGGGCACUAGUCAAUUAUAAUUUAUGAUAAAUUACAUUGUAAUUACAAACACGUGUAAAUACGAAAUCAAAUAGAUAAUACGAUCCAAAUUCGUAAUUAAAAGGGAAUCAACUACAAAACUCAUUCGUGAUUUGUAUUUAUUUUCAUCAAUUCAGUUACAAUUUUUUUCAGUAACCAACAUCUUAGUUACCUUAAUUUUAUAGUCUUCAAUAUAAUUAUCAUCUUUAUUCAACUCGAUCAAAAUUUUCAAGUACAACUUAUGAGUUAAUCAAAUCUAAUUACAAUCUGAACAUCUUAAUUAAUAAAGACUCAGUUGAAUUUGAAAAUUUUAAAUCUACCAAUCGUAUCAAUUUGAAUGGAUUUGAAUUGCAAAAUACAUAUUUUGUAAUUCACAAUUCCUAAAUGAAAAAUUAUAAUUCGAUCCAACACUAAAUAACUGCAUUCCUAACUUGAAACAGUACUGAUAAACACAAAUAAUUUCUAUUACACAUAUUUCUUUCAGAGAUGAAAUACCUUUUCAUUAUGUGCAUCGUCGGCUAAUGCUUCUCUACUUACCUAUUGAAUACGAUUGUAUUUGGAAAGAUAACUGGAUAAAUUCUGAAACCAAAGUUGCCUGAAUCGAAUAACAUACAUCUAAGUAGUACAACGAAAACAAAAUUUUAAUGGCGACUUAUACAACGUAAUUACUAGCUUAUAUAUGAUGGCAUUAAGGAUUAGAGUGGUUUUUUAAAUUUCAAAUCCACACUCAGCAUAAAUAUAUAUUCUUUAAUGAACAUACUUGUUAGCAGCAUUGCAUUCUGCAAACACCUAUGUUUCUAUUAAUUGAGUACCAAACAAAAGUAGCAGUGCCUCUAAUUGGCAACUCAGUUGGCAAUUAUUCUUGCUUCACUUUAGUAACGCAAACCAUUUCACCAUUUUAUUGAUAUCUGAAUUAUCCACUGUCCAACUCAAGAUAAGGUACUGAAGUACGUACAAGGGUAUUGGUACAUAUGUGGAGCAUUUCAUACCAGAUCAACCAAACGGAGUGAACUUUUGACUCAAGCUUUUCAGAUGUAAUUAAGAAUACUAAAUGCAGAGAAAAGCAAUUUAAGAAACAUUAGGAAAAAGUCUUUGAUUUACAGUCUUUAAACAAGUAUAUGGGUUUAAUGGAUGUGGAAAGAAUUCUGAAAAUGAGUUGAAAUGUUCUUCAAAUACAAAACACUUUACUAGUUGCAAAGGAAUCAAAGACUAUAAGCAAAACAGCCGAGAUAAUCUCAUUUGGCAUGUCCCACCUACAUAUAUCCAUGUAGAUAGAUUUAACCUUAAUAUAAUUACUAUGAGUAGUUUGAGAGUGUAAAAAGACUCACCGAUUGUGAGAUGGGUAUAUAAAUCUGGUCUAAAUUGUAAUAAAUAUUAACCAGAUAUUAAAUAUAAUUUGCAGACAUAUUUUAUACUAUAUAGUACGAUUAAUACCAUCUGAUUGAAAUUUAGAAAUUUACACUUUACUUUUUUUCUUAUGCUUAAUGUAUUAUUUAUUUUUUUUCUCGUAAUCUAUCACUCAGUUCUCCUUGCAUAGUGAAUUAUUGUGCUUUAUGUUUCGAAGAUUGUUCUUAGUGUUCUACGAUAUUUGAUAACUGUGACAAUUCAUCAACUAUCAGUUUUAAGAUCAAACUUUUGAUUUCACUGUGAGAUGGUGCUAUAGCAUAUAUCCCACUACAGAUAUAUAUCAAAUUUCAGACCUUUACGUGUCAUAUGGUUCUCAAGAAUUUCCCUAUUGAAUUUUGGGAAAUGUUAUACUCAAUUUCCAUACCAAUGAAUGCUGUAUUAUAAAUUUUUGAAUCAGAUGUUUUUACGAUAACGUGUCUGAAUUUAAAUUUAAAAAAAAAUAUAUAUAUAAAUAAAUACUUUAAUCGGGAUAGCUUUUAUACUUUUUCUUUUUGCAUUUCUCAUUCUGUACAGAAGAAGUCCGCAUACAAUUUUUUGUUCAUUUAUCGUAUGAACUUUCAAACAUUUUUAGAGAUUUAUCCUAGGAUGGAUAAUAAAUAGGGUUUUAUGUUCUCAACUAGAGCAUUUAUCGCAUUUAUUGCACGUCUUUCUUAGCUACUAUAUAUAUAUAUUAUAUACUCUGCAUGUGACCGUAAGAGAGAGCAGGCUUAAAUUAAUUAACGAUGAGAACUCCGACACAUGCGAUCAUACACACUUGCAUCCACACACACAUACUUGAGUUUGUAUUGAAUCCAUUUCCAAUAUACAUUUUAGAAUUUUUCUCCCAUUUUUCCUCUAAAUACAUGUAUGCAAUGGGCGAUUAAUUUUAUUGGGGUUUUGAACAACUAUUUCACAAAUUUGUUGUUAUUUUGGACAAUAUGCAAAGUAUGGUAUAAUUUUAUAUGAAACAUACUGUAAAAAACUUAAUCUCUUAUCAGAGUACUGCUAUAAUAGCUCUGCAUCUCUCUUCUUUCAAGCUUUACUUUAAACAAGCUGUUGUUUCAAAUUUCAAAUACUGCUAAACAAUCUCAACAUAUUUGAAAUUCUCCAAAUUUUAUGAUUCACCCACCCCUGACAAAUGUUGGAAAAUUAGCGAAUUUGUACCCGAGUAUAACUCACCCGUAGAUUGAAUAAAAUGAAAUUUUUGUUAUUAGUUUGCUGUAUGUCGAAUUAUUGUUUUGGAGCGUAAGGUUUGCUCAUAUUCAAUCUUUCAGUUUCUCUGUGAAUGAACUGUUAUUUGAUUAAUUCAAUGAUUCUCUUCAACUAGAACUAGUUGGCUAGGAUGACGCUGAUAAUGAUACUUAUAAUCUGUAAGGUUAAUCAUAUUGACAAAAUUUUACCGAUAAACCCUAAUACAAUUAAUCGUAUAUCCUAUAUAUAUAUUAAGAUAAUUCUUAAUAUGGUGAUUAUCGAAUUUCCCACGGGCUUAAGUCGAGGCUAAAAUAUCUCGUCAUAAAUCUUUUUAAAUGUAGUCAAAACCCCAGGUUCCAUUUUAAUUUUAAAUUCUACGUAGGACAAAAACUUAAGAACGUUUUGUACACGAAUUCCCCAUAAUUUAUUUAAAUAAUAUGAUUUUUUUCGAGAAAAUUGAGACUUUUAUCUAAGGAAUAACUGUAUCGAAAAUUUUAAAUUAUCAAAAUAUUGGAUGAAAAAAUUGUGUUUCUUAGAAAUCUGAAAAUGUAAUAACUUCGUUCACAAGCAUCGUGAUAAAGGCCCAACAAUAACCGAUACAUAUCUUUAGUGGGAUGGUUAUUAUAUCUUUAAUAUUCAAAAUUUUGGACCCUCAACCUGACAGUUGAUAAGUUUAAUCCAUAUGUAUUAUCGAAAGGAAUGAAAGAAAUUAUGCCAUUUUGCCUACUACGAAAUAUAGAAUAAAACUGCUAUAGUCUGUUGUAGGAUAUAUUUCCAAGUUGUAGAGGGAAUUCCAGCUAAAAAUUCUCACCCGUGGAAAACGUCAAGUAAUAUGAAAAUACAGAAGUGUUUUAGUAUAUUCAGAAAUUGAUGAACAUUUUAAAAGGCAUUAAAUUUAAAUUACACAUAGAGUGCAUAAAUAAAUUGGAAGUAUUUUACCUGUCUGACAAGCUUGCGGAUAAUUUUUUGUUUCGUCCAUUUUUAAUUGAAACCAAUUUUUUUCAUAUUUUACUAGAUAGAAUUUCAUGUGAUAUUGCAAAUAUUCAUUUUUUGUUCAAAUAAAAUUAUUCUAGACUCGCACAUACCAAGUAUUACUACUUGGUAAACAGGUGGGUGUGUAAUAUUUGCACAACUAACAAACCCAAGAAUUGUUAGUUACAUAUUUCAACUUAUAGUUGGAUAUAUUGUAUGGAAUCUGUUGGAUAGCAGCACACAAUUUGCACAGUUAUUAUAAGCAAGCCUAAAAGUACAUCUGCAUAGUGAAUUAGACACGCUAUUUGAUAACAAAAAUUUUUGUAUUACACUUACUAUUGUAAAUUAUUGUUACCAAAUUAUUAAUAAGAUGUGCUUCUAAAAAAAAAAAAAUAAGUUACUUGCACGAAUUCUCCAAUUCAAAUUUAUCACUGUUGGGUAUUGUACAUUUUUUUACGUCGUAAACGGAAGUAAAACACCUUUAGAUACUGAAAGCUAAAACAUCCUGGAG